CAGGAGGUUCUGCCACCAAGCAUGGCCUUCCCACUGCAAGCACUCACUUGCUGGCGGGAGCAACAGGGAGGCACUCUUGGGUCUCUGAUUGAGAUCAUCCGAAGGCUACAAGGUGACCUCAGCAUUCGGAGCUGUUCACACGCAUCUGCAGACAUGCCCCCUCAGCUGCACAACGGCACGGACUUCUCCGCCAAAGUCGUCCAGGGCAGCCUGGACAGCCUGCCCCAGGCAGUGAGGGAGUUCGUGGAGAACAACGUGAAGCUGUGCCAGCCCGAUCACAUCCACAUCUGCGAUGGCUCUGAGGAGGAGAAUGGGCGGCUGCUGGCUCGCAUGCAGGAGGACGGCAUCAUCAGGAAGCUCAAGAAGUAUGACAAUUGUUGGUUGGCACUCACUGACCCCAGGGAUGUGGCCAGGAUAGAAAGCAAGACCGUGAUCAUUACCCAAGAGCAGAGAGACACCGUGCCCAUCCCCAAAACUGGCGUCAGCCAGCUGGGUCGCUGGAUGUCAGAAGAGGACUUCGAGAAAGCAUUCAACGCCAGGUUCCCAGGGUGCAUGAAAGGUCGCACCAUGUAUGUCAUCCCAUUCAGCAUGGGACCCCUGGGCUCGCCUCUGUCCAAGAUUGGUGUGGAGCUGACCGACUCACCCUAUGUGGUGGCCAGCAUGAGGAUCAUGACCCGCAUGGGUACCGCUGUGCUGCAGGCCCUGGGCGAGGGGGAGUUCAUCAAGUGCCUCCAUUCUGUGGGAUGCCCUUUGCCUUUAAAAAAGCCUCUGGUGAACAACUGGCCCUGCAACCCGGAGCUGACGCUCAUUGCUCACCUGCCGGACCGCAGGGAGAUUGUGUCCUUCGGAAGUGGCUAUGGUGGCAACUCCCUGCUUGGGAAGAAGUGCUUUGCGCUCAGGAUCGCCAGCCGGCUGGCCAAGGAGGAGGGCUGGCUGGCAGAGCACAUGCUGAUCCUGGGCAUCACCAACCCCUCCGGCCAGAAGAAAUACUUGGCGGCAGCUUUCCCCAGUGCCUGCGGGAAGACCAACCUAGCCAUGAUGAAUCCCACACUCCCGGGGUGGAAAAUUGAGUGUGUGGGGGACGACAUCGCUUGGAUGAAAUUCGAUGGCCAAGGUAACUUAAGGGCCAUCAACCCAGAAAAUGGUUUCUUUGGUGUUGCUCCUGGCACCUCAGCAAAGACAAACCCCAAUGCCAUCGAGACUAUCCGGCAGAAUACCAUCUUCACCAACGUGGCUGAGACCAGCGAUGGUGGCAUUUACUGGGAAGGCCUUGAUGAGCCGCUGGCCUUGGGCACCACAAUCACUUCUUGGAAGAACAAAGAAUGGCACCCAGAAGAUGGGGAGACUUGUGCCCACCCCAACUCACGGUUCUGCACCCCUGCAAGCCAGUGCCCUAUCAUUGAUCCUGCCUGGGAGUCCCCGGAAGGCGUGCCCAUUGAGGGCAUCAUCUUUGGAGGCCGCAGACCAGCUGGUGUCCCUCUUGUCUAUGAAGCUCUCAACUGGCAGCAUGGAGUAUUUGUGGGGGCAGCCAUGCGAUCAGAGGCCACUGCAGCUGCAGAGCAUAAAGGCAAAGUCAUCAUGCACGAUCCCUUUGCUAUGCGGCCCUUCUUUGGCUACAACUUUGGCAGAUACCUGGCCCACUGGCUGAGCAUGGCUCACCGCCCAGCAGCCAAGCUGCCCAAGAUCUUCCAUGUCAACUGGUUCCGGAAGGACAAGGAAGGCAAAUUCCUCUGGCCUGGCUUCGGAGAGAACUCCAGGGUACUGGAGUGGAUGUUCAACCGGAUCAACGGGGAAGACUGCGCCCAGCUCACCCCCAUUGGCUACAUCCCCAAGGAGGAUGCCUUGAACCUGAAAGGCCUGGGGAAUGUCAACAUGAAGGAGCUCUUCAACAUCUCCAAAGAGUUCUGGGAGAAGGAGGUGGAAGACAUCGAGAAAUACCUGGAAGAGCAGGUCAAUGCUGACCUCCCGUACGAAAUCGAAAGAGAGAUCCUCGCUCUGAAGCAAAGAAUCAGCCAGAUGUAGUCAGAGGCUGAGGGCUUCCCCUUAGAUGCACCCCCUCUUCCAUCCAUGGGGUGCACUCACAGUGAGAGAAAGCGAGUCUUCCCAAAUCCACACAAGCCGCCGCACAGUGACCGCACCGUUGAGCAGAUCAGAGGCACACUUACUUCAUCAGAGGAGAGCCACGGAGCAGGCGCUAGUAACCUGUGGGGCGGGAGGGCAGACCUCCGCGAGUCUCCAGAAUCCACAGGCAAUGCAUGUUCUGUUUAGGGUUACUCAGGCGUCUAGGGUCCCACCUUUUCUACUUUAGCUAUAUCAGUUAGCUAGAUUGCACAGAAGCAGUACUUGAGCUGUAUGUGUGUGUGUGUGUGUGUGUCUGUGUGUGUGUCUGUGUGUGUAUCUGGGUCUAUGUCUGGGUCCGUGUGUGUAGUUGUCUAAAAUGUAUUUAGUACCUUUGGAAAAAUCUUGGGCAAGAUUAUGACUUAGUAGUUGUUAACUAGAAAAGAAAUGUUGCUUUGUUACUAAAAUGUGUGUUUAAAUUAUUUUUGUACACCAUCCUUUCCUUCCC